AAAAUUAUGAUUGUGUUCGAUUGUGAAUUUACUGAUUUUACUUUUAGUUAGUGACUUUUCUCAAUUUUUUCCAAGAUUUAUGUACAGUUUUUUGGAAAUAUUUUCGUGAAGAAUUGGGAAAAAUGUCGAAAGAAGAUAAAUUUGAUGGAAUACUGUUUUCCAUGGCUCAAGAACACGAAGGCGGUGUUCCAGAUUUGCUCGAUACUAUUUUCGGAUUCUUAGCUAGAAAAACUGAUUUCUACGUUGGUGGCGAAGAUGGAGCCGCUGAAAAGUUACUAUUGAAAGCUUUUCGCAAGUACGAAAGUAUUGCUGGGGAGGAAAGGAAAAAGAAGAAAAUAGCAGCCGAAGAAGCUGAACGAAAGAGAAAAGAAAAAUUGAGAUUACAAAGAGAAAAAGAAGAGCAAUUACGAAAACAGGCCGAAAGUCAACCCGAACAAGCCACUGUUCGGGAAAUCACCGAUGAAGAAGCUGAAAAAUUAGAAAAAGAAUUGAAGAAUAAACAAAGCGAAGACGUGAACGGUGUUCCUGAAAAUGAAAUAGGUGAAGAAAAAUCAUCUGAUUCCAAAAACGAUGAUGAUGAGGAUGAUGAUCCGAAAGAAAAGGGUAAACUGAAACCUAAUUCGGGUAACGGUUGUGAUUUACCAAAUUACAAAUGGACUCAAACGUUGCUAGAUAUCGAGGUUCGUGUUCCUUCAAAAACAGCAUUUAAAUUACGUCCUCGCGAUGUAGUUGUCAACAUAGCGAAACGCCAUUUAGUGGUUGGAAUCAAAGGCCAGCCGCCGAUUAUCGAUGACGACUUGCAGCAUGAAAUCAAAUUGGAGGAAUGCACAUGGGUCUUAGAAGACGGGAAAACGUUUUUAAUUAAUUUAGAAAAAGUCAACAAAGUUGAAUGGUGGUCGAAAUUAGUCGUCAGCGAUCCUGAAAUAUCUACCCGUAAAAUAAACCCCGAACCAUCUAAAUUAUCCGAUUUGGAUGGAGAAACUAGAGGAUUAGUCGAAAAAAUGAUGUAUGAUCAAAGACAACGCGAACUCGGAUUACCAACGUCCGAAGAACAGAAAAAGCAAGAUAUUCUCAAAAAAUUUAUGGAACAACAUCCUGAAAUGGAUUUCUCAAAAUGCAAAUUCAAUUAAAGAAUUUAAAAUAAUUAUUCGCAUACUUACGAAGGAUUUAAGUAAAUAUUGUUCCGCGGUUUGAAGAAGAAGAAAAAAUGAAAGAAAGAAAAUAAUUGAUCGGAUAAAAUGCACUUUUUUGUACGUAUCUGAAUAAAUUCCGUAUCACAAUUUUAUAAUAUUAAUUUUCUUGCAUUAAUAAUUUUUUUAUUUACUUGUAUUCUUGUAUUUGAUUUUUAUUUCGAAGUGAGAUUUUUUUCAUUUAAUGGAAGCUUUUUAGUAAAUUUUUUUUUACUGAUGUUGAAUAAAGAAUGUUUUAAGAUUUUUGCUCUGAAUAAAAUAAUAUUUUAGUA